AUGAUUGUAUCUCGCUAUCAACCUGUAUGUCAACAAUCCUAUCCAUCUGACGAGGAUGGAGAGCGGAAAGCAAACGAAAAAAAGGAAAAGAAGAGCAAACUGAAGCUGGUGGAACUUUUUAAGAAAAAAAGCACAAAGAAAGAUGAGUCGCGUCCCCAGCGGCCGUCGUCACUUCCUGUGAAAGUGGAUGUGGGGUCAGUUAAAACUCCGCAGUCGCCAACGCACCCUCCUGAGUUCUACAAUGGCGUGGCAAAAAAACUGGACCGAAUCGCUCAGCAAAGCGUGAAGAGAAAAUCGCCGACUAAACCUGAACCCAUCCAGCCCAGAGAAGACAAUAAAGAAGCCAUCGUACAGCAGCUCGUCCACAUACUGACAACGGAAGGAGACAGCAUUAAUGAGAAGAUUAAAGCUAAUCCUCUGCUGCAUAAGUCUCUGAGCCGGAUGUCCUACGCGUCCUUCGCCAGGCUGCUCGACUCCUGUGCCAACGAAGCUGUAGACCCGCCCCUUCCUGUGUCCGAGAGCCCCACCUUGCGGCGUGUGGCCAUCACCAUGGAGAUGACCCGACGGGUCGUCAUGACGACGGGCGUGACGCAGCGUGUGGAAGGAUAUGCUGAGCGCUACAUGGAGAACUUCGCUCCCUGGGUGAAGAGUCAGGGAGGAUGGGAAAACAUUGUGCAGAAGGAGGUGCAGGAGUUCGACUAACUGCAUUGAACAAUUACUCUAUGAUGGAGCUCACUGUGUGUGUGUGUGUGUGUGUGUGUGUGUGUGUGUGUGUGUGUGUGAGCUGUGAACACACCGAGCUGCAUGUAAACACUACUGAUGACACUUUUCUUGUCUCUUUUAUACAGUCGUCUAUUUUAUGAUUGAAUGUUGAAUGUUUCUUUUUUAAUGUGCUGGGAGUUUUUUUUUUUAACCA